CUAUUUACUAUCUAGAAAAGAAGGCAAAACGGGGUCUCCAGAAAAGCCACUUUCUGAUUUAGGGUUGAUCACUUAUAGAAAGUAUUGGCUUCGUGCCAUUCAAAAGCAACUAAGAUGUUAUUCUGAUAAAAUCACAACACUCGAUGGUAAUUCAAAGAGCAUAUACAUGCUAACAUCUUGCAACCAUCUAAUAGAAUAAGAAACUUCUCUUUUAACAAUUUUACUUACAUAGAGUUGAGUAAGGACACUGGUAUUAUAAUAGCAGAUAUAAUCACAACUCUGGAAUACAACAGGAUGGUCCAAAAAAACAUGUUUACUGGAAUGCUCGAAAUUGUCCUUCCAGUAUCGAGUUCCUCCAAAAGUGGUUAUUACAUGAAUGCCGACGACAAGAAAUUAAUAUGGGCACCGUACCUCAAUGCAGAUAAAAAUUAUCCACAAACUGAAGACAAUGCAGCGACAACCUAUGAAGCUGUCAAUAUUAGUCACAGUAUACCCACUAAUGUCGUUUACGACAUGAAUGAUACCUUCAAAAUCACAAUUCAACAGCCUUCAUCAACACUUAAAACCCCUGGCUCUCACGUUAUUCCCACAACCACUGCCACCAGUCAGUCUGACAACGAUUCCACCCUUAUACCAGCACCAUUACCUUCUUGCAGAACAGCAACUGAAGUGCCAAUUCCUUCAAUAAGACCAUCAACAGCAGUAGUAGCAGAUUUAACAACUAUUUCUUCAUUAUCAUCACCUGCCAUGUCUCUCAUGCCUUCACCGAGUCAAUCCUCCUUUGCCACUUCUCGCCCUCACUCCUACACUUCUUCUUCUUCGAGUCCGACGACUACCUCUUUAUCUCACUCAUCAUCAACUCAUUCGUUAUCUUCUUUACGUGCAGCCAUCACCUCCUCUGGACCCCCUUCCACAUUAAUGUCUACGCGUUCAUUAUCACGGUCUUCUUCGCCAGUAUCCAGGGCAGUAAGAUCUCCUGUUAAAAGAAGUUUACCAAGCAAUAACAGGGAUCAUUCAAAGAAAAGAAGAAAACAAAAAUCUUGAGUCGAUAUUUUUCUACCUUUUGCUAUUACAUAAAGAAAAUUUGUCUGACUUAUAGUACUCGUAAUAAAAAAUGUUAU